AUGGAGCCUAUUGCAAUAAUUGGAUUGGCGCAUCGUUUCCCUGGAGGCGCCACCACACCGGCCAAGCUCUGGGAAGUACUCAACAGCAGACGAGAUCUAUCCAGAGAUCCGGAUAAGGAUCGUCUGAAUCUUCAGAAGUUUUAUAACCCCAACGGCGAGCAUCAUGGGAGUUCAAAUGUUACAAAGUCUUACUUCCUCGACGAAGAUCCUCGGCUUUUUGACACCACGUUCUUCAAUGUCAGUCCCCUGGAAGCAGAAGCUAUGGACCCGCAGCAAAGGUUGCUUUUGGAGACAACCUACGAGGCUAUGGAAUCUGCUGGGACGCCCAUCGAAAGGAUCCGCGGGUCGCGAUGUUCAGUAUAUGUAGGUGUGAUGACGGGCGACUACGAGACGAUCCAGUACCGGGACACCGAAGACUUAUCGCAUUACACUGCGUCUGGUACGUCUCGUGCCAUCUUGGCUAAUCGAAUUUCAUACUUCUUCGACCUUUCCGGGGCAUCUAUUUGCCUAGACACUGCUUGCUCAUCGUCUCUUGUGGCGUUGCAUCUUGCCGUCCAGGAUCUUCGAAGUGGCGGAGCGGAAACUGCCAUUGUUGCCGGCACGAAUCUCAUUUUCGGACCAGACAUGUACAUCAGCGAAUCAAAGCUUCGAAUGCUGUCUCCAACGGGGAAGUGCCAGAUGUGGGAUGCUAUGGCAGACGGAUAUGCGCGAGGAGAAGGUGUGGCAACGCUCUUGCUAAAGCCUCUAAGUCAGGCUUUGAGGGACAACGAUCCGAUACAGGCUGUUAUUCGCAACUCCGGCGUCAAUUCUGACGGUCGAACGCCGGGAAUCACGAUGCCUAGCGCACUUGCACAGGCAAAAUUGGCUAUAGAAACGUACAAAGGCGCAGGGCUAGACCCGUCAAAGGCUGAAGACAGAUGCCAAUACUUCGAGGCUUUCUUUUCGGAAGAUACUGACACAGGCGCAGAACUAGAUCCCCUCUACGUGGGGUCUAUCAAAACAGUGGUCGGGCACUUGGAAGGUUGCGCAGGUUUAGCAGGUGUCAUCAAAGUUGUCCUCGCGAUGAAUUAUGACACAAUCCCUCCAAACCAGCACCUCAAAUCCCUCAAUCCGAAAGUUCAGCCCUAUAGCUUGGUUCUCAAAGCCCCUACAAAAGCGACUCCUUGGCCGGCUAGGAGGGCUGGGCAACCAAAACGCGCAAGUGUGAACAGCUUCGGCUUUGGAGGAACCAACGCACACGUCAUCUUGGAAUCGUACGAUACAAAGAAAGCAUCUAAGGCGCAACCAUCCCAGAACUCUUCAGUCAGAAGUUUCUCUACGCCUAUCGUCGUCAGCGCUCACACGCAAACUUCACUACUCGAAAAUAUCCGACGGUUGACGACCUACCUGCAAGACAACCAGGAUGUCAGUCUUGAUGACCUAGCUUGGACAUUAUGGGAACGACGAAGCCAACUCAAUCUCAGAAAGUCGUUCCAUGCAACGUCACGCGAACUUCUUCUUGAGAGCCUUGAGAAUGCACUUGCAGAGUCUGCCGGCACACAACUGAGUUUGGGAACACCUGCCUCGGAUCUAGUAUCCCCAUCCGAAGGGUUUGGCGUCUUGGGUAUAUUCACUGGACAAGGCGCCCAGUGGCCUGGUAUGGGCAAAGAGUUGCUGCGGCACAGCCCUAUUUUUAGGACGGCCAUUGAUGAGUGUGACAAAUCCUUGUCGACACUUCCUGAUCCCCCAUCAUGGUCGUUGAAAGAAGAACUACUCAAAGAUGCUGCAAAAAGUCGCAUAUCAGAAGCUGAAAUCGCACAGCCCGCAACUACGGCAGUAGAAAUUGGGCUGACUCGGAUGUUGAAGUCCGCUGGGAUUAAGUUUAACGCCGUGGUCGGUCACUCAUCCGGAGAAAUUGCGGCGCUGUCCGCGGCCGGUAUACUCUCACUAGCCGAUUCUAUUCGCAUUGCCUUCUACCGCGGCCUCUACGCGAAGAUGGCCAAGUAUGGAUCCAUGAUGGCAGUUGGAAUCAGUGGGGAAGCUGCUCAAGACUUCUGUCGAGAGGAAGCGUUCAGAGGCAGGAUUUGUCUCGCAGCCAAGAACUCGCCUUCCAGCGUCACCCUCUCGGGAGACGUUGAUGCCAUUAGGGAGGCGAAGGAGGUUUUCGAUGGAAAAAAGAUCUUCGCCCGAGUUCUGAUGACCGACAAGGCCUAUCACUCCCCGCACAUGGAAGCGUGUUCCGAGGCUUACCUGCAGGCCAUGCACAAAUGCGACAUCAAACCACUUAGAACGGGCAAAUGUGUCUGGGUUUCAAGUGUAGACGGAACUGCAGACCGGUACUGGGAUCAAAAUCUGGACGACCUGAGUGGGCCAUACUGGAUUGCGAACAUGGUGAAGCCUGUGUUAUUCUCCGACGCAGUGACGACAACGCUGACCAAUGGCGGGCCAUUUGAUGUUGCCAUCGAGGUUGGACCACACCCAGCCCUUAAAGGGCCUGUCAAACAGACUGUGCGACCACAUCUGGGCAGGCAGAUUCCAUAUACUGGAACCAUGAACCGUGGAGAAGACUGUGUUGUGAGCAUUACUCAGCUGCAGGGAUUCCUAUGGUCUAAUUUUGGGGCUGCUGUCCUCGACUUCGACGGAUAUCAGCGCUGUUGGCAGGAUCAAGUUGCUAGCCCGACGGUAAUUCAUGAUCUCCCUACAUACUCGUGGGACCAUGACGCACCAAUCUGGCGAGAAUCGAGAAUAUCACGCAAUUAUCGCCUACGAUCUGGAGGAAAGACUGACGGGAGCAUGCUACUGGGUCACAGGUGCCCCGAUGAUUCAGACUGGGAACCACGCUGGCGCAACUUCUUGAGUCUGAAGGAGCUUCCGUGGCUACGUGGGCAUUCUUUUCAAGGAGAGGUUCUAUUUCCCUCAGCUGGAUAUAUUGCGAUGAUGCUGGAAGUUGCACAGUUUCUCAGCAGCGAAGAGUCAAUGUCGCUGAUUGAGAUUAAGAAUCUCAAUCUCGAGCGACCACUCAAGGUGGACGAGGGACCAAGAUCGAUCGAGAUGGUCACAUCAGCCAAAGUGACGUACAAAGAUGAGAAAUGCAUCAUAGCAGAAUUCUCGUGUUACGUGUGUUCCGAUGCGGAGACGGGGAAGAUGGACAGGACCUGUUACGGGUGUAUCUCUGUGUCGUUGGGUAGACCACAUGAUGAUGCUCUCCCUGCCCGUGCGGAUCCGCUGGCUGCAUCAGUUCCACCUUUGGAUGCCGACCGAUUUUACAACUCCGUAAGGCAAACUGGACUAGAAUACGAAGACUUGUUCAAGAGUCUGAACACCAUGCGUCGAGCUGAUGGUAUUGCCACGGCAACAGCGUCCUGGUUUGCUGACGAGAUCAACUAUGGCGGUCUUUACCACCCAGCAUUGAUCGAUGUAGCUCUACAGCCAGUAUUCGCCGCUUUUAACGCCCCAGCAUCCGAAAGACUUUGGACUGCGUACCUUCCUCAAAGCUUCGAAAGAAUCACAGUCAACCCAAGACAUCUUCUCAUCCCGUCAGAAAGUGGGCAUAUCGAAGUACUCAUCGAUGCCUUCUCAACAGUGAUAUCGGCAACAAAGAUUAGUGGGGACGUCAGUGUCUAUUCCACUCAUGACAAUUUCAACCAGCCGUUUAUACAGCUCGAGGGGAUGGGCCUGGCAGCUCUCGGAAGGCCAGAUGCAUCCAACGAUCGUAUCCUUUUCGCCUACACAAAAUGGGAACCUGACUUGCUCGAAGGAGAUGAGUUCGAGGUCGACUUCAACCCACCUCAAAAUUCAGCGGUGGAAGAAUCAGAAAGGGUCGCUUUGUUCUUCUGCCGCAAGCUCUUGAAUGAGGCGAGCAAGGUCGGAGUUGAGAGCUUGAAACCCCAUGAACAGCUGAUGUUCGAGCAGCUUUCGGCUUUGAAGGAAACUGUGGAAAAGGGACCAUGUCGCGACUGGGUAACCGACACCAGAAAGACGAUCGACGCGAUCAUGGAAAGGAAUCAGGACCAGGUUGACUUCGAACUACUUCGCCGAGUGGGAGAUGAAGCCGGCAGUGUUUUUCGAAACGAGAAGCAAAUGGUGCACAUCCUUUUCGCCGACGACAAGCUGAGCCAUUUCUAUCGAGAGGGUCUUGGCCUUCGGAACGCCCAACGUCAGAUUUCGGCAUAUCUGGAGGCCAUAUCGCAUCGUUACCCAAACGCAAGCAUUCUUGAACUUGGCGCCGGAACUGGAGCUUCCACUUCAGCUGUCCUUGACACGAUUGGCAACCACUUUGGCUCAUAUACUUUUACCGAUGUGUCCCUUGCUUUCUUCCCAGAAGCUCAGAAGAGAUUCGCGGCGCACGUGCACAAGAUGAUUUUCAAGAAGCUGGACAUUGGACAGCCGUUCGAAGAGCAGGGGUUUGAUACCCCAUCAUACGACGUCAUAAUCGCGGCCAAUGUCUUGCACGUGUCAGAAGACAUCGGAGCCGUGCUUCAUCGUGUCAGAGGUCUUCUCAAGCCGGGAGGUUUCCUAGUGGUUACUGAGCCAACUUCGGAUCAUCUCAGAAUCCAAGUGAUCAUGGGAGGUCUUGAGGGUUGGUGGCUUGCUCGAGAUAACUGUCGGCGAUUUGGACCGGUAGCUACAAUUGAGACCUGGGAUGAGAAAUUGCGCGGUGCUAGGUUCAGCGGUGUUGAUCUGUUCAGCCAUGACCAGAAACAGGACGAGCUUCAUACCUUCACCUCCUUCGUCAGUCAAGCUACGGAUCCCAGCAUUGAUGCCUUCCGACAACCAUUGGACCAUAUACACAUGCUUCCCGGCUAUGUUCCGUUUACUAUAGUUGGUGGGUCCACGCUUGCCACGUCAAAAAUUGCCCGCUCUGUACGGAACCGCUUGGCAUCCUUUGGCAACGACGUCGUUCACUGUCCUGAUAUUCGAAAUAUCAAGCCUUCUGAUAUCCCAGCGCAGUCUCUGGUCUUAUGUCUUGCGGACCUAGAUGUGCCCAUUUUCAAGGCUGGAGUCGAUGAUCCUGUCCUUUCCAGCUUCAAAACCAUGAUUGAGAAAGCUCGAGGAGUCUUGUUCUUCACAAAGAAUGCGGCGACGUCUAAUCCUUACUCAAGCAUGUUGAUUGGGCUGUGCCGAGGCUUGCGCGCAGAACAACCCGCGUUAGGAGGUUUCCUCCAAGUAGUGGACAUCGACGGAAACACCAAGCUUGAUGUCAACUCCAUUCUUCAGCGUGUGCUUCAACUCACGAUGACAAUCAUUCACAGUACGGGCUCUAGAGAUAGCCUUUGGUCCCUGGAAACCGAACUCUGUCUCAGAAACAGCAAGCUACUCAUUCCACGUAUCCGGGAAUACAAAGACCCCAACGAGCGUGCCAACUCGGAUAGGAGACACAUUGUGAAAUAUGUCACAUCUGAGAGUCAUGUCAUCCAGGUCAGCCUCGAUGGUGCAAUGGUUGAGGCAAAGGCUAGCCCAAAGAUCAGUGAAGAAAAUCCCGGUCUUGACACGAUCGAGAAUUCUUUCUCGUGCUUGAGACCAAUCAACCUGUUGCCAUUCCAACCUGCCCAGUAUCUUUGCGCUGGCAUACGGCAGAAAGACUCCGAAAUGGUGAUUGUUUUAUCUUCCAUGAAUUCAUCAGUACUGCAAGUCCCAAGAGACCAAAUGCUGCCAGCAAAGAUCGAGCCAAAAGCCAUCGCUGUCAUGUCUACUGUACUGGCUGCCCAGGCUUGGGUACGAUCAGUGCCAUCCGGUCACACAAUCUGGAUUCAUGACCUUGACAGCACCAAACGCGAUCUUCUCAGACUUUUGGCGAACAAACGCGGUAUUGACAUUUUUGCUACCUCGACGGACCCAAAAUGCGAUAUUCAUAUGCCGCCCCGCGCACCGACGCGAAUGCUCAAGGCGCUUGUGCCUCGCAAGACAGCAAUCGUCAUCUUCGGUGACUCAAUCAGCGAUGCCGACCGUUCCGAAAUUCUUGCCAAGGUGUCUUCUUUCACCUUGGUACUCACGUCUUCCAGUGGAAGUUUCUGGAAUUGCCCAAUCACUUCCCCAGAUAAAAAGUUAUCGGAGUUGCUACAAGACGCUUACAGAUCCACUGUAUGUUUGGUCAAGUUGUUGGAUCCAGGCGAGGUAGCCAAGGUGGUGCCGAUAGGCGAGGCCAUGAAGGGCAGCAAGGAUGCCAAUGCAAGUGUUAUUGACUGGAGGCAGGCUCGAAGCAUCCCAAUCCGAGCAGACUUACAACCAGUCGAACCCCAACAACUUUUCAGGGCUGACAAGACUUAUUUUCUGGUCGGUCUCACUGGCGACGUCGGGGUUUCAAUCUGUUCGUGGAUGAUCAAAUAUGGCGUGAAGUACGUUGUGCUGGCCAGCAGAAAUCCUAGAGUCAGCGAGAGCUGGGUCGACUCCAUGUCAAACCUUGGGGCUAAGGUUAUGGUCAUGGCCAUGGACGUGACGGAUCCUAGUCGCGUCAGGCAGGCUGUGAACGAGAUCGCCAAGACAAUGCCUCCCAUUGCCGGCGUCUGUAAUGGCUCAAUGGUGUUGUCGGACCAGCUCUUCAUGCAAAUGGACGUCGAAUCUAUGCAAAGUGUCCUCCGACCCAAGAUUGAUGGCAGCAUCAAUCUUGACCAUGUCUUCGCCAGCCAGGAUCUAGACUUCUUUAUUAUGCUCUCAUCAACGGGCAGCGUCAUUGGAACACCGGGUCAAUCCAAUUAUCACAUGGCGAACAAGUUCAUGUCUGGACUUGCCGCCGACCGAAGACGCAGAGGCUUGGCUGGAUCCGUUAUCGACGUUGGCAUGAUCUCGGACACUGGCUAUGUUACCCGUCAAGAUCCUAUUGUCGCCAAGAAGUUGCGCAGUAUGUGCGUACUGGCUCUCUGCGAAGCUGAAGUCCACACUAUGUUCGCGGAGGGUAUUCUGGCCGGCCGUCCCGGCUUUGCUUCGCACAGCGAGCUCAUAGCUGGUUUGGCCAUCAGCGACAACGAAGCUGAGCGGCCUUUUUGGGCCAAUGAGCCUCGCUUUGGGUUCUAUGUGAGGGACAAGAAGGAGUCGGCCAUUCAAAGCGUUGGUCCAUCAGUUAUUGAAAAUCUCCGCGCUGUGUUAGAGUCCGCGAGCGAUGAGAGCAUCGUAUUCAUCAAGGUGCGCGAGGCGUUUGCCCACAGGCUGGAAAGUCUUUUACAGCUUCCCUCUGGAAGUGCCAAGAUGGACCUGCCUCUUGUCAGUCUUGGUUUAGACUCACUUCUUGCGAUGGAAGUUCAGACUUGGUUCCGCAAUAUUGUCGGCACUGAGAUCUCUGUUCUGCACAUUCUUAGCGGCGCCUCUGCAGACUCUAUAUGUAGGGAGGCUUCAGCCACAUUCACCAAGAAAAGCACCACCUGUGUGAAGGGAGAGCCCCCGAAGACUGUGGCCAACCCUGAGCCGAGGACACCACAGCUAAACAUCCUUGUCACUGAUGGAUCACGGACGCUCGCUAUAUCGGACAGCAAAACAACUCCAGGUACACCCAAUGCAUCAUCCCUAACUCCUAUGACCUCAGUGUCUCUUGAAAGCAGAGCCGAACAUAGGGAUGAAUACUUUUCAGAGCGCAAAGAGCAACGAGUUGUGCAAAGAUCAGCCCGGAUGUCCUUCGCACAAGCUCGACUUUGGUUUCUACAGGGAUUUUUGGAAGAUCCGACAACCUACAAUGAGACCACCAUGUACGAACUUCGCGGUGCCUUGGAUAUUGACCGGCUCAAAAACGCGUUCAGACAGCUUACCGAGCAGCAUGAGAUCCUGCGCACCUCCUUCUACGAGGACCGAGCUUCAGGGCGGCCGAUGCAAGCUGUGACAGCCACGUCAGCCUGCCCUUUCAAAUUCAUGGAAGACGGAACAGAUGUUACCUCAGCGCAAGAGUAUGAAGACAUGAAGGCUCGAAAGUGGGAUCUCGAACACGGUGUCUGCUUAGGAUUGACGGUCAUCCGACAUUCGCCCGACCGAUGCACUCUCAUCCUUUCCAGUCACCACAUCGCUAUCGACGGUCUCACUUGGAUCAUUCUCCUCAAAGAUCUUGCUCGUGCUUACGAAGGGAAGAUCCUGCCCACUAUUCCGCAAUAUAUCGACUUCUCAGACAAACAGAGAUCUAUCGUUAACAAUGGUCGCUGUUCCAAAGAGAUCCAGUUCUGGAAGAACGAGCUCAAAGGGAUUCCUGAUGCACUCCCUCUGUUUCCCAUGUCGCAUAUAAAAACCAGGAAGGCGAAGAAUCAGUACCCAACCACCAUAGUCGAUACGGUAUUUCCCAAGGAGCUGGUAUCUCGUGUCAAGCAUACUAGCAGUCGACUCCAUGUGACACCAUUUCAUUUCUACUUUGCAGUGCUCGCGUCGAUGGUGUCUCGACUCGCGAAGACCGCAGACUUUUGCAUCGGUACCGUUGAUACAGGAAGAUCAGGUACUGAAUUCUCCCAGACGGCAGGAUGCUUUGUCAACAUCGUUCCGGUCAGAGUCCAAGUCCAGGAGCGCGAUACCUUUGACGCCCUUUGCAAAAUGUCGUCCUCCAAGAUCCUCGCAUCUCUCAGCAAUUCCACCAUUCCCCUGGACGCAUUGCUUGAUGAACUACAGGUUUCCCGCACAGCUCGGCACAGCCCUAUUUUCCAAGUUAUCAUCAACUAUCGACUAGGUGUCAUGGGCCUCAGCUCAAUCGGUGACGCUGAGCUGAAGUACGUUCAAUCACAAAGUUCAGGUAACCCGUACGACCUAGGACUCAACAUCACUGAUACUCCCGAGGGAAUGUGCCUCAUACACCUGGCUGCACAAGAAUCUCUGUACUCGAAGGAAGCUGCACAGUCAAUUUUGGACUGUUACUGUCGGCUACUGGAGUCAGCAUGCGAGGCUCCACAAUGCGAAGUGGCCGAUCUUCCCAUGUACCAGUCGCCUGCGCUAAGCAACAUUGGUGGCUUAAGUGGUAACAGAUUGGGAGGUCGAGGUCCACGGCAAACAGACGGGUUGACAGUCACGCUUUCCAAUCAGAUUGACCGGAUUGCAGAAGUUCACCCAGACCACGUUGCUAUCAAAUACGGGUCACGGAUAUUCACUUAUGAAGAGAUGACUCAAAAGGUCAACAACAUUGUGACUGUUCUCCGAGCCAGAAAGAUCCCCCGAGGUGCCAAGCCUUUUUGUUGUUUGUUGUUUGAGCCCUCCGCAGACUACGUUUUCGCAUACCUAGCCGUGUUGAAGGCUGGGGCUAUUGUGGUCUCCCUCGAUCCUACAAAUCAUCGAGAAAGGCUGGCUUCAAUGGUGAGAGACUGUCAUCCGGAGGCAAUUCUCCAUCAUGGACAGACGUCCGGCCUCUCCCAGUGGCUGCUUCAGUCGAGCGCUAAAGACGUGAUUCUGGAUAUUUCUACAAGCCUAGAACAAAGCUCUGUGGGUCAAUCAUUCAACUCAUCUAGUCUUCAAGCACCAGCUGCGCUGUUCCACACCAGCGGGACGACCGGGACGCCCAAGGGAGCACUUUUGACGCACGAAAACUACACCAACCUGAUCGAAGCGUCCUCACGCCGCCUCAAAAUACGGCUAGGGCAGGAGGUGAUCCUACAGCAAACCGGCGUGACCUUCGAUCUCUGUCCCUUCGAGAUCUUCACCGCCUUGUCGAAUGCCGGCACUCUCGUCAUUGCUUCUAAAGAUCAGCGCACUGAUCCAUCAGCCCUCAUCAAUCUCGCAAAGCAAGAAGGUGUGACAAUCAUGGCCGGAACUCCUGUCGAGUUCAAGCAUAUUUUUCAACACGCGCCGGAAAUAAUGGCGACGUGCGAAGAGUUGCGGAACGUGAUUGUCGGGGGUGAGAUAUUCUCACCCCAGCUUGCGUCCCAGUUCAAACAGACGAUUCCGCCAGGUGUGAGCGUAUUCAAUGUGUACGGACCAACCGAAACGUGUAUAUUCGCAACCAUGGAGUGCGUCAAUUAUGGGGAACACGGCUUAGACCUUGUACCUGUCGGUCAUUCCUUGGAAAAUGUUUCAGUCUACAUCGUGGAUGAGAUGAUGAACUUGGUGGCCGACGGCUGCGCCGGAGAAGUCUGCAUCGGCGGUGCGGGUGUCAGCAAAGGGUACCUGGACCGGCCCGAGAUGACCUCGCAGUCUUUUGUCCCAGAUACAUUCGCCACCGCACAAGAUAUGGACCGUGGCUGGAAGACGAUGUACCGUACUGGCGACUCGGGGUAUCUGACUCUUGAUGGCUCGCUUGUUGUCCUUGGACGUAUCGGGGAUGAUAACCAAAUCAAGAUCCGAGGCAUACGCAUCGAGCUCGAAGAUAUCGCGGCUAACAUUCUCAAGAUUGCGGACGGGAAGCUCGCGGAAGUUGUUGUCACUGCUCGAGGAGAGGACAAGACUUUACUUGCAUUUGCUGUCAUCGCCUCUGGUGUUCAGAUCAAGAAUGUACACGAUUAUCUGCAAUCGCUCCCCGCUAGACUUCCCCUUCCGGAGUACAUGAGGCCUUCAAUCAUCAUCGAGCUUGAGCAACUCCCUAUGACCCGCAACGGAAAGUUGGACCGAGCCUCACUGGACAAGAUACCGAUACCCGUUGCGACCCAUCGGGGUGAUCAAGAAACGCUUUCGUCUCUAGAGCGAGACUUAUGCCUCCUAUGGGAGGAAGUGCUCCCCAACACCAUUCUUCAGUCAAGUUGUGUUCAUCCGCAUUCUGACUUCUUCCGACUGGGAGGCAAUUCCCUGCUUUUAGUCAAUCUUCGGAAGAGGAUCAAGAACCGAUGGGAAAUUUCAAUUCCUCUGCUUCAGCUGUUUGAAGCAAGUACCCUCCGCUCCAUGGCAGCUAUGAUCCGGGGAAAUAAAGACUCCAGGAACAAAGGCAUUGACUGGGAAUUCUGGGAUGAACAAACUCGCUUCGAAAUGAAUGCAGCAGUCGAUGGCGUUAGAUCGAUGUCCCCCCACAUCAUUCCGAGGACUAACAAGACCGUGGUUCUCGUAGGUGCGGCUAAGGGGUUGGGAUUGUGGCUCCUCAAGUUGUUGCUGGACGACACGUCCGUCGGUCAAAUUCACUGUGUCGCACUCACUCAGGAACAAGCGCUUGGGUUACCAGAAAGCAAAAAGCUCAUUCUUCACAUUGGAAGUCUUGGAGAAACAUCUCUCGGCCUUUCAGAUGAAACGCAACAGGCUUUCAGAAGAGACGUCGACAUCAUCAUCCAUGCGGGGGCUGAGGGCUCCUGCUUGAACAAUUAUGAAUCCAUUCGGGUCCAGAAUGUGGAGUCGACCAAGUUCCUGGCCAACAUAGCCCUGGAUAGGAAAGUGCAGUUCCACUACAUCUCGAGUCCCCGCGUAAUUCUUUUCAGUGGCGAAGACUCGUAUCCUGAGCGACUCAUUUCAUCUCACUAUCCACCUGCAUCUCUCGGUCGAGAAGGAUUUACUUCGACGAAAUGGGCCAGUGAGACCUACCUCGACAAGUGCUCAGCCGCAACCGGUCUACCCGUUUCGAUUCAUCGCACAGGGUAUCUUAUGUCAGAGGACGCUGACGAGAUGGACGCUAUCAACAUGAUCCACAAGUAUUCCGCCUUGCUGAGAGCUGUGCCAUCUUUGGCUACAUUCACUGGAUUCAUCGACAUGUGCAGAUUGCCAACAACAGCAGAAGCGAUUCUUCAUUCACUUAGCGAGGAGAACGUUGGGGUGUACUAUGGUGCAAUCAGAAUAAUCCAUCACACCGAGGAUAAUGUUGUGCCAGUCCAUGAGUUUCAUACUUACAUGGAAACUCGUUUUGGCCACCCUUUCAGGAGCUUGAGCAUGGCGGAUUGGGUGACCGAAGCUGAAGGGAAAGGAAUGGACGCGGCAUUAGCGGCAUUUCUUGACGCCGUGGUUGAGAGGGGUGAUGAAGCGCGGUAUCCUAGACUCUUGCGUGGGCCUGAUUCCGCGUGA